AUGCAGCAGCUGACAUCACAAAUGGACAGUAUGAAAACACAACUUACUGAUAAACUGACUCAGCAGUUGACAUCGCAGACCCACCAAUUGGAGUGCAGGAUAACCAACGUUCAGGAGGGCAUCACUGAAGUACACCACCGCAUAGAUACACUUGAGGCCAAUCAGGACCAGCUGUCCAGCCGACAGGCUGAGUCGAGUGAACAGUUACACCAAGUAGCACAGCAAGCUGCUCAAAACCACUGUGGUCUCAACAACCUGCAGGCUCAAUGUCAAGCCAUGGAGAAACAACAAAAAGAGUCUGAACAACAGAUAAGACAACAACUGCAACAGCUGUACCUCAGCAAGGAACAUCUAUCAACCCAGAUCGAGCAGAGAGUGUAUGGAGAGCAGUUCGGGCUGGCGAGCGAGCCGGAGGCUGGGUCCGACAAGCUGCAGCACGCGGAGGCCAAGACAGAGCGCUGCAGGGUCAGGAAGGUGUCCGACCAGGCCAGUGCCCAGGCAUCGCCCAUAAGAAGGAAGGAAAGCAUCAGCCGGAGAGACAGGUCAGUGCCCGGAGCCAAGACAGAGCGCUGCAGGGUCAGGAAGGUGUCCGACCAGGCCAGUGCCCAGGCAUCGCCCAUAAGAAGGAAGGAAAGCAUCAGCCGGAGAGACAGGUCAGUGCCCGGAGCCAAGACAGAGCGCUGCAGGGUCAGGAAGGUGUCCGACCAGGCCAGUGCCCAGGCAUCGCCCAUAAGAAGGAAGGAAAGCAUCAGCCGGAGAGACAGGUCAGUGCCCGGAGCCAAGACAGAGUGCUGCAGGGUCAGGAAAGUGUCCGACCAGGCCAGUGCCCAGGCAUCGCCCAUAAGAAGGAAGGAAAGCAUCAGCCGGAGAGACAGGUCAGUGCCCGGAGCCAAGACAGAGCGCUGCAGGGUCAGGAAGGUGUCCAACCAGGCCAGUGCCCAGGCAUCGCCCAUAAGAAGGAAGGAAAGCAUCAGCCGGAGAGACAGGUCAGUGCCCGGAGCCAAGACAGAGCGCUGCAGGGUCAGGAAGGUGUCCGACCAGGCCAGUGCCCAGGCAUCGCCCAUAAGAAGGAAGGAAAGCAUCAGCCGGAGAGACAGGUCAGUGCCCGGAGCCAAGACAGAGCGCUGCAGGGUCAGGAAGGUGUCCGACCAGGCCAGUGCCCAGGCAUCGCCCAUAAGAAGGAAGGAAAGCAUCAGCCGGAGAGACAGGUCAGUGCCCGGAGCCAAGACAGAGCGCUGCAGGGUCAGGAAGGUGUCCGACCAGGCCAGUGCCCAGGCAUCGCCCAUAAGAAGGAAGGAAAGCAUCAGCCGGAUAGACAGGUCAGUGCCCGGAGGCCAAGACAGAGCGCUGCAGGGUCAGGAAGGUGUCCGACCAGGCCAGUGCCCAGGCAUCGCCCAUAAGAAGGAAGGAAAGCAUCAGCCGGAGAGACAGGCCAGUGCCCAGGCAUCGCCCAUAAGAAGGAAGGAAAGCAUCAGCCGGAGAGACAGGUCAGUGCCCGGAGGCCAAGACAGAGCGCUGCAGGGUCAGGAAGGUGUCCGACCAGGCCAGUGCCCAGGCAUCGCCCAUAAGAAGGAAGGAAAGCAUCAGCCGGAGAAACAGGAUGAAUGGGUGGCCCAAGAGGUGUCGUAG